AUGUCGUCGGUGGAGUCGCCUUUACAUAUAGCACACCACCAUGCAGCGAGCGCGGAAGACUACCGCAACGAGGGACUACUAGUCAAAGCGGCAGAAGAGCACUUCAGUGCCGCAAAAGCAUUCAUGGAGUGCGAAGAGAAAUCAAAUGACAGCAACACGAAGCGAACGCUCUACUUGCUCUACAGCGAGCAUGUAAAAGCAGGUAAAGAACUUGAACGAAGAAUAACCAAGUUACGGGAUGAGGGGAAAGAUCCUACCCUACCCCAGAAAAUGUUACCGCGAAAUGUCCCAGCGUAUUCAGGUCAUGCAGUCGGCGGUCCCAGCACUAUACUCCGUCCGUCGUAUGUUCAUCAGAAUCCCAACAGCGGUUCUAGUGCUUCCGUGCGACUCACGGACUCGCACAACAACGUCGACGAGUCCUUCAUGGUUCUUGGCCAGAGGUCGGACCCCGGGGAUGCAUUCAACAAUUUCUGGAAUAUAAUGGAAGGCAUGCUAGACAACCUGUCUCAGCCCGUGGCAUUUGCGACAGCUCCGCUUGCCACGGAGGUGGGCAUGCCGAGCAAGCAGGGUUCUCGACGAGACUAUGGUUCGAGCAGCGAUACUGAUCGCGAAGAACCCUUUGUAACCAAAUUUUCUCGAAGGCUGGGACUCGCUUCCGCUUCCAAGUCAAAAGACAUACUAAUUGAGGAAACGGAGGAAGAAGUCAUAGUCGACGAAGGUAACGACUUAUCGGAGUCAUUCUAUCUGGUUCCCCCAGAACCGGAACAGUCAUUCCCAGCGCUUAAGAAAGAGAAUGCCGCUCUCAAACGCGAAGUAGACGAGAUGCAAAAACGUUUAGCAGCAGCCGAGCGAAUGCUGCAAAUGCGCAAGGAACAAGAUCAGCAAUUGCGCGACAGCAUAGUACUUGCUCGGCAACAGGCCCAACGUGCGAUGGGAGCGUCCUUAGUGCUCCAGCGAACUGGCGGCCAAUCGUCACCCGUGGAUUUCUCUGCACUGAAUAUCAAUCUACCACCAGUUCCGGCACCUGUGACGGCACUCAACGCAGGAAGGGAUCGAGAAGCUCAGCACGUGCGUAGGAUCAGGGAAUUAGAGGAAGAACUUAGAAAUCUGCGCGUGGACAAUGACAAACAAAAGAUAAUGAUUGCACGUUUCCGAGAACGAUGGGAGAAAUUAAAAGAGUCUGCGAAGCGAAAAAAAGAUGCCAAAAUUGCCGAGGGUGCCAGAACAGGCAUCAGCGAACGUAUUGAAGAGGAGCCUGAGGCUGAACGCGAGUUGGACGACGGAGACAGGCGUCAUUGAAUUUUAUACCCGUAUUAUAUUUAUCCCGUGUGGUUUAGCCGACAGGCGAAUUGUCUUGCGAUUUGGAGUCUCUAUCGCUGGCCAAGAGCCUACUGCACUCUGGGAGGCACGAUUGGGGGAAA